UUUUUUGUCUUGUAGAUUUCGAAUCAGUAGUAAGUCUAUUUAAUGUCUAAAGAGUCAUAGGUUGAGUUAUCAAUACUUAUAUAUUUAAAAAUACAGUGCAUAGUUUGUAGUCUAUGUAGUCUUUGUAGUCUGCGUUGUUUUGGCUUAUGAAGGGAUAUUGAUUUUUAAUCUCCAAUAAAAAUUCGGCCAUUUUUAUGCCUGAAAGCCAGUUUUUUUGAUUGAACUGGAAGCUUCCGGCACCUAGAAAAUUUUUGUAGUUAGAAUCUCAAAGCGCUUAAAAAAUUUGAAAAAAAUCUUGAAAGUCCUAGAAUUUCUUGAAAGUCCGCAAAACUCCAGGAAAAUGUAUGACUGUACAAAAAUGUUACAUUAGCACUUUAAAAUUUAUUAAAACAAUUUAGCGUACGCCAGUCGGAGCACGCGCCUUGCGCGUGCGAACGGCUGGUAUAUCAAUAAAAAAAACGAAUAAAUAAUAAAGCGCAAAAUGCGCGGAAAACUUAUUUGAAAUCUAAAAUAGUUUUAUUCAACAUUUUACUAUUAGUCACAAAAUUCUGGUCUUAAAUUAGCGGUUUGUUUUACAUAUUGUUCCUGAAUUUUUCCUGAUUGGUCAUCACACAAAUUUGCGAUAUUUUCCUUAAUGCAUGGUUGAAGACUGUCCCAUUGAUCGCACUCAUCUACUUCUGGCUGAAAAUUUCAAUUUUGUGAGAACAAUCGAAUAUUUGAAAUUAAAAAGUAUGAGCUUUCAUGGUAGACAGGCGCGGUUACAGGCCCAAAAACCUGCCGGCUUCACACCUCAAUUCUGCAUUCUUGCUUGAAACAAAAGUUCGCGCUCGACACUUUUUGAGCUCCGCGCAGCACUAUAGGACGCGGAUUGCGGUGUGAGGCAGGCGAAGGAAGGCGAGGCAGGCGCUGCAGGCGUCUCGGAGCCUGCAUGAUUACAGUUUUGCAUACCUCGUGAACAUCAUUGAAAAGUGUGUUGAGGCAUGAAAUAUUGUCAUCUUUCUUCGCGAUCAGCUUUUUGGCGCAAUUUGAGAAGUCGCGAUUGUAGAAAAUAUAGAAUAGGCAAGGGCUCACUUUGGUUGAGAACUUGUCUAGUAGGGAAGCGUCCACCGAUUUUACACAAUUCUGAAAUUUUGCCAUUGUUCCGUUCUUAAUUUUUGAAAAAAUAUUACUAUAAUUUCUUCACAUUUAUCUGCGUAAGCUUUGUAUGUCUCCGGUGGCCAGAAAAAUCGGUCUGUAACAUUUAUCGACUUGAUGAUUGGCUCCAAGCCUAGACCAAUCUAAAAAUUUAAUGAAUUUACAAAAAAUCUCACUAUUAGUAUUAGGCAUACUUACAGUUUUACAAUCAUCCAUUGUAGCUGCUGUCGCAAAAAUUGGAAGACCAAUUACCAAGAUAAAACCAAAAGAAAUCAUGGUUUAUUUUUCAUUUUACAAAUGGUGGAGACCCAUUUUAUACUGCUAUCAUCUACUGAUCAACACAAUUUUUUGAAACUAGAUUUUGUGUAAUGUCUGAUAAGUGUUCGCAGUUCGAUUGAAGAUUGAAAGUUAAAGUUUGAUAGUUGAUCGAAAUCGUAUCAAACAGUGUCCCAAUAAAGCAAUUUCUUCAAAAUUUAUCUCUCUCACAAUCAAUAAAAUUUAAACUUUAAAAUUAAAAUGUUUUUUUCACGGAAACUUUUAAAUAUCAAUUUUCAAAUAUUAAAUAUUAGUGUUAACGUGAAGAAAUAGGGCAGUGGAACAUAGGGGCAGCCGACGAAAUUAGUUUUACAAAAAUAAAUCAAUACUGGAUUUGUACAGCAAGAUUCUGUUGGACCGGAAUUCAAAUCCCCGAUUGCCAAUUAUUGAAAUGAUCAAUUUAAUCUGGUUUCCACAGCUUCUACAAUUGAUCAUAUGGAUGUCUGUAUUGACUGCAUCUCUCCAUUUGUGUAAGAAGAAGGGCAAAGCCAAGCCAAAGGCAAAAGUCCGUGAGAUGUCAACAGUGAAGAUGACGACAACGACUGGUCUCACCACGAACAAUGUGAACAUUGGAAAUCCAGCGCCUGAGGAGAAGAAAAAAGAGGAAAAGGUGGAGAAGAAACCGGAGGAAAACAAGGAAGCAGAGAAGAAGGAUGAGCCGAAGAAGGAAGAGGAAAAGAAGGAAGAGGAGAAGAAAAAAGAGGAGAAGAAGGAAGAGGAGAAGAAGGAGGAAGUGAAGGAGGAGGAGAAGAAAGAUGAUUCAAAACGAGAUGAGAAAAAGAAGGAUGGAGAAAAGAAGGAAGAUGAUGAAAACAAAGAGGAUAAUGAAAAGAAAAAAGAAGAGAAGAAGGAGGACGAGAAGCCCAAGAAGGAGGAAAUCGUGCCACAAGAGCAAAAGUACACGGACAAAGAGCAAGCAAUCGCUGAUGGAGUCAAGAAGAAGAGGACGGACUAUCCGACUAUGGAGGAUGUGGCGAGUGAUUGGGACGAUAGCAAGAAGAAGAAGAAGAAGGAUGAUGAUAAGGAGUAAUGGGAAGAUCUGGAUUAUCUGUGAACUCUUUUUUUGCAAUGUAUGUGGUAUUUUGAAAAAGUAAAGAUUGAUGAAAA